GCAUUCUGUGAUAGGAUGGAAACUGAUUCACGAAUAUGUGGUUGGGCUAUAGAGACUGAAGAAGAUCUCAAAGAAUAUAUGGACAUGAAAGUACAGGAAAGAUUAAUAGGAGAAGAAAUAAUUCGUCGUAGUCUUGAGGAUGAUGGAGUUACAUCCUCCUGGCUUGAUACCGAUGAGAAAUGGAAAAAAACGUUCGUUACAGACCAUCAAUUCACCAAUGAGAUGAGUAUCGAAGAGCUCAGUCAGUAUGCGCUAGAAAUGCGUGACCUCUUGGGAGAUGAUAGAGAGAAAAGGUGCCAGGCUCGUAAUCGUCUUCAAAAAGGGUAUAAAUUUAGCAAAGGACAGGCAUUCGCAUUGAUUCCUGACCAGAGAAUUGAGCGGUACAUAAGUCAAGUACCGAUCCUAGAGGAUUAGAAGCCGAAGUGAAUAUAAGC